AUGUCCUUAAAAUUAGUAAAUUGGGGAUGUUGUUCUCAAGAAGACAAAGAUGAUAACGAAAGAUUCAUAACUUGUAACAGCUGCAAAAAAUCCUUUCACUUUUUGUGUUUGUCGAUACCAGAAAUACAAUCAAAUACAGACAUUUAUAAUAAAUGGAAAUGUCCUUCGUGUUUGAAUCGGAUGCCUAAAACGUCUAAAAAGGAUUCUACCCCUGUUCGUAAUAUCUCCACAACACGAGGCAACAAGAGGCCUGCACUGAACUCACCACCAGAAGAACACAGCUUAACCAGUGACAGAGUACGUGCUAUUGUUGAAGACGUAGUAAAGACUGAGUUGAGUGCUAUGAUGGAAAAGCUAAAGUGCAGUAUGCUCGACAUAAUAAAUAAGGAAUUGACACCAAUUAAAAAAGAAAUAAGGGAUAUGAACGAGUCUAUGACUUUUAUCAACAGCAAAUUCGAAUUGAUCGAAGCCGACCAAUUAAACGCGAAUAAACUCCUAAAAAAUAUACAGGAAGAUAACAAAAAGUUGGAAAGCACAGUGGCAGAUUUAACACAACGUCUGAAUUACUUGGAACAGCAGUCUCGUUCAAACAACAUUGAAAUCCAAUGCGUCCCUGAAAAGAAAAGCGAAAACCUAUACACUAUCGCGAAGGCCUUAUGUACAGCUGUCGGACAUGAAAUAAAGGAAAAAGAUUUGGAUACCUUAAAAAAAUUAGCC